AUGGCCUCUAUUGCUGCUGUUUUUACCGUCGUCAGCCUGGCUGCUGGUGCGACAAUCACUACUACAGAGCCGGCCCUGGCAGCGAUCAAAGCAGCCCAGCAAACCACAGUGCCUCAAACUUGGACUUCAAAUGUAACCGGAAAGGCUUUUGAUCGUUUCUAUCAGGUCUGGCUAGAGAAUGUCGAUUACAGCGACGCUGCCGGGAACGCUGACCAGCAGUGGCUGGCCAGCAAGGGUAUAACCCUUACCAACUAUUAUGCUGUCGGCCACACCUCCCAGCCCAAUUACUGUGCUGCUGCUAGUGGUGACAACUAUGGCAUGGAUAAUGAUUUAUUCCACGACAUCCCAGCAAAUGUAUCGACAGUGGCUGACCUGCUGAACACUAAGGGCAUCUCAUGGGGUGAAUAUCAACAGGAUAUGCCAUACCCCGGCUUUCAGGGCUACAACUACUCUAAUCAGAAGACCUAUGCCGAUGACUACGUGCGCAAGCAUAAUCCUCUCAUUUCGUUCGACAAGAUCUCUAGCAACGAUACUGCUUUGCGUCUAAUUAAAAACUUCACAUCUUUCUCUGAAGAUUUGCGCAAUAAGCAGCUUCCUCAGUGGGCCUUCAUCACACCAAAUAUGACCAACGAUGCGCACGACACCAAUAUUACCUACGGUUCUCAUUGGCUGCGCGGCUUUGUAUCGGGAUUGAUGAACAAUACUUAUUUCUGGGACAAUACUCUCAUGCUGCUCACCUUCGAUGAGUCAGAGGUUUACGAUGUCCCCAAUCGCGUGUUCAGCAUCCUGCUAGGCGGUGCCAUCCCUCAGCAUCUGGUCGGUACGAAGGAUGAUACCGUUUACACACACUACUCCAGUCUUGCCUCCGUGGAGGCUAACUGGGGUCUACCCUCGCUGGGCCGCUGGGACUGUGGUGCAAAUCUAUUCAAAUUCGUUGCCGACAAAGUUAAUUAUACUAACUGGGCCAUUGACGACACCAACCUGUAUAUUAACGAGUCACUACCCGGCCCGCUGAUGAGAUGGGGGUUUACUGCUUAUCGCUCCAAUUGGCCUGUUCCCUCUACCAGUGACUCUUGUUCCGCCGGUAACGGGAUCCUUCAAUCUGUCAUCGACACGUACAAAGGCCGUGCCCCGACGUAUAAUUACACUGCUCCUUUCCCUUAUGAUGCUCUUUAUGGCAUGGAUGUUGGAAUAUCUUAUUCCCGCAAUGGUACAACCUUUGUGUCGGGUGUCAAUACGACUGGUGUUGUUGGUCAUGAUUCGCUUUCGAGUACUCCGGGUGUCAGUGCCCCUAUCGCUGCGUCUACGAGUACGACCUCUGCAACCCGAAGUACCGAUAUAAAGAUUGCAUCUACCGUUACUGGUGCUGCCUCCACUAUGGCUAUCCCACGUGAGAAGAUGAUAAUUCUGGGUGCUUUAUUGGGCAUUGUGCUUUUGCUUAUAUAA